CGUCGUGACGUCGGCCGCGGCUGCGUCAUCGCGUCCUCCGGGAGGACAGCGCACAUUCCUAUUGUCCAAGAUGGCGGCGUCGGUGCAGCUCCUCUGAUGCUGACAUGUUUUUAAACGAGUUUCUCCUUUUAUUUCGACUUCCACGCGGAUAUUCGGCGGCCGGACGGACAACGUUUCUCUGCCGAAGCCUUCGCCUGCCUCCUCCGCUGCGCUAACGCUCCUGGAUUUCGCUCCCCGGGCCGGAUCCCCGCGGCAGGCACCGAAAAGUUUGGGCUCCAUCAUCCGCUGAAAAUGAAGAGGCAGGCCGGGAGGGAGAGCAGUCCGUCCAGGGCCGUGGCCAAGAGGAUGCGGGAGAGGGAGCGGGAGAGCACCCGGAGAGAGGAGCUGCCGCCCCCGCCCCUGGCUCUGCUGCUGGCGGAGAGCCGGGGGUACCACCGCCGGAGCCGCAGCAGGGAGCGGGAGAAGCCGCGGCUGAGGGAGGAGAGGGCCGCCGCCGCAGCCGCCGCCGCCGCCGCCCUGGAGCUCCAGCACCGGCAUGAGCUCAGCCUCCUGGGCCGCCCCCCGCUCCGCACCACCGCCGCCGCCGAGCUCCCCGCCGCCCGGCCGGGCACCCUGGAGUACAAGACCCUGCUCAUCAGCAACCUGUGCUCGCAGGUGUCGGACGAGGACGUGGAGGACGCGCUGUUCCACGAGUUCAAAAAGUUCGGGGACGUGAGCGUGAAGCUGUCGCACACGCCCGAGCUGGGCCGCAUCGCCUACGUCAACUUCCGGCACCCGGAGGACGCGAAGGAGGCCCGGCACGCCAAGUCCUCCAGGCUGGUCCUGGGCGACCGGCAGCUGAAGAUCGAGCCCAUGUACGUGAGGAGGCGGAGUGUGACCCCCCCGGACCUGGGGUACCUACCCCUGCACGCUCCGUACCCCUACAGGCAGCGCUCGCUGUCCCCCCCCGGCCCGGGGGCGAGCAACAUCCGGGACCUGAGGGCCCGGCACUACGCCCUGGAGAGCCUGGGCCUGAGCCGGGACCGGGAGCGGCUGCUGGACUACUACGGGAUGCUGGACGAGCGGGGGCGCCCCUACGGGUUCCCCGCCAUGCCCGUGGUGGAGGACCUGAAGCCCGAGGACGACCAGCGCGCCACCAGCAACCUGUUCAUCGGCAACCUGGACGGCAACGUGACGGAGGCGGAGCUCCGGCGGGGCUUCGACAAGUACGGCGCCAUCGAGGACGUGGUGAUCAAGAGGCCGGCGCGGGGCCAGGGCGGCGCCUACGCCUUCGUCAAGUUCCAGAACCUGGACAUGGCCCACCGGGCCAAGGUGGCCAUGCAGGGGCGGCUCAUCGGGGGCAACCCCAUAAAGAUCGGCUACGGCAAAGCCAACCCCACCACGCGGCUCUGGGUGGGGGGGCUGGGCCCGGGGAACUCGCUGGCGGCGCUGGCCCGCGAGUUCGACCGCUUCGGCAGCAUCAGGAACAUCGACUACGUGAAGGGCGACAGCUUCGCCUACAUCCAGUACGAGAGCCUGGACGCCGCCCAGGCCGCCUGCACGCAGAUGCGGGGGUUCCCCCUGGGGGGGCCGGAGCGCCGCCUCCGGGUCGACUUCGCCAAGGUGGAGGAGAGCCCGUCCAGACCGUUCCCCCCGGGCUACCAGCCCCCCGUCACCCUGCCCCCCUCCCACUACGACCUCCUGGGGGAGGCCUACAGCCGCCACCGCAGCCUGGAGCGGGAGCUGCGGGGGGGCAGGGAGCGCUCCUCGCCGCCGCCGCCCCCCCACAGCCUCCUCUCGCAGAGGGAGCGGGACCGGGCCCUGCUACUGGAGAGGGACUACCCCGCCAGCCCCGGGCGGAGCCUGGAGAGGCGGGCGGGGGCGGUGGAGGCGUUCGGGAGGCGGGGGGCGCGGAGCCGGAGCCGGAGCCGCGAGCGGUGGCUGAAGGAGCGGGAGGAGAGGAGGAGCAGGAGGCGGAGCCGGAGCGCCUCCGCUGACCGGCAGGCGGAGGAGCGGGAGAAGGAGCGGGGGCGGUCCAGGGUCCGGCAGAGCACGAGUCCGGACCGGGCCAGGGUCCGAGCCCCCGACUCCACCACGGAACCACGCGACCACUCCCCCGACAGCGGGGGGGGAGGAGGGGGGAGGCACUCGGCCGAGGACGACCCCCCCGCCGGGCGCCACCACGGCAAGAGGUCGUCGACCGACCACCUCAACAACCACCACCACCGAGGGGGCGGCGGCGGCGGCGGUGGCGGCGAGGUCGCCCCCCCCUCCACCGCCGCCACCGCCGCCUCCUCCCCCGCCGCCGCCCACACGGACCCGCCCCCCUCCCCCACCUCCCUGUCAGAGUUCGCCCAGGCCUCCCUCUCCAAGACGUGGCGCGGCUUCUUCGCCCUGAAGAACAGCAGCUUCCCCACGGACCUGUUCCUCCUGGAGGGCGGCGCCUCCUUCUUCAGCGCCGCCAUGAAGGACGCCCUCAAGCCCCAGAGCCAGAGCCAGAACCAGAACCAGCUGAAGAUCGCCCAGCGGCUCCGCAUGGACCAGACCCGGCUGGACGAGGUGUCGCGCCGCAUCAAGCUGGGCCGGCCCGACGGGUCCUUCGCCAUCCUGCUGGCGCUGCAGGGCCCCGUGGACCGCCAGGGCCCCGCCCCCGAGCCGGGCCUGCAGGUCCGCCUCCUCCGGCACCUGGUCACAUACCUGAGGAACAAGGAGGCGGCCGGCGUGGUCAGCCUGCCCCCCGCCAAGGAGGGCGGCCCGGGCGCCAUGCUCUACGCCUUCCCCCCCGGGGACUUCUCCCAGCAGUACCUGCAGGAGGCCAAGAGGACUGUGGGUAAUCUGGAGGAGGAGCACAUGGUGGUGGUCAUCGUUAACGACACUAAUUAACUCCUACACACACUACACACACACUACACACACUACACACACUACACACACACACUACAGACACACAAACACACACACACACACACACACACACACUACACACACACACACUACACACACACACACACACUACACACCUGGUUUUAGAGACAGGUUAAUGUUUUCCUCAAUGAAAUGUGUUACACUACACCUCCUCCUCCACCUCCUCCUCCUCCUCCUCCACCUCCUCCUCCUCUUCCUCCUCCUCCUCCUCCUCCUCGUCCUACACCUCCUCCACCUCCUCCUCCUCCCUCCACCUCCUCCUCCUCCUCCUCCUCUCGGAUCGUUUCUGGAGCAUUAACUUUUUAAACACUAAGAGAAGUCGACUCUAAGCUCGUGUUUGUCGUCCACCGGGAGGAUUUUAUUUCGUACUGUAAACGGCUUCUUCUCGCAGGUUGAGACUUUUUAAAGAAAAAUAAAAAAUAAAAAAAAAGAUGAAAUGUUAUUUGGAGCUGGAGUCAGUGGCCUCCUCCUCCUCCUGCUCCUCCUCCUCCUCCUCCUCCGCUGUGUAUUAGGUGGUGUGUUCUCCUGCUGUCGGUUUUUAUCUACGGGACCAUCCAGUGUGCGUUGAUGUGCUGUUGCAUGCUGAGGAAAAGUCAGACAUUUCUAUUUUGUGCGUCUAUGAGAAGAAGAGAAAUGUGCGGCUUCCUUUUAAAGAGUCGUAGCGCCUCGUAUUACUGGUCGGGAUUUUAUAUUGUACACAUUUAUACCUUUUAUUCAAUUUAAAAUACAUCCAUCCAUCCAUCUCUGCUUCUUUUUAUUCAGACUUUUCUUUACAUCUGUUUUUAAUUCCUCAUAAACUCAUAAAAACACUAGAAGAGUCAGGGAUUAAAAUCCUGGUUUCAGCCAAUCAAACAAACAAACAUGUGUUUUGGGAAUAAAUUCGCUCCCUGGUCAGUUUAUUAGGUCACUACUGAGUCUGGGUCUGUUCCUAAUAUUUUGACCAUCCUCCUCUUCAUCGACGGGUCCCGAGUCUGUGACACUAAACUCAUCAGGUGUUUGUAGAAAUGAUCUUCAUCUUCAUUAGGUUCAUUAGAGACGCAGCUCCGAGUCUGUUUCUACAUCAUUUACAUGAGAACAUGUUCAGUCAUGUUCCUAAUAAACUGGCCACACAGUGAAUCUGAAGUUUAAAGGUUAAAUCAUUUUCAGUGCAACAGAAAAGAGGUUUAAAGCUUCAGUUAAUCUUUUAAUUUCAUCAGUAAAACAUUAAGGAACACGAUGAAAACCUGAAACGUUUCUGUGUUUGUUCGGUUAAACUCUAAACUGACUAAACCAUAAAUGAACCCAGAGAAUAACUGAUUAGGUUUGUACCUUUUUAAACGCCAUCGUUUUCUCUGUUCGGGUCUAAAACGACGUAAUUAAACUUUGAUUCAGUAAAAGCUGAAGAGUCUGAAAACAGAGACAGAUUCACUGGUUAUGAACUGAAUGUUUUAUUCCCAUAAAAUAAAUUCAGCUCAGACAGAAACAUUUUUCUUUCUCAGGUUUUUAUGUCGAUUAAAACUAAAAAGAAAAUAAAAGAAACGGUUAAACUUCACUUAAUGUUUUAUUCGUCCUUUCUGUCACUUUUCAAAACAAAAUAGUGAAAAUAUUUGAGAUUUUUCCUCCAGAUUCACCAGGAAACUAUUUUUAACUCAAUCGUACAUGAAUCCAGAAAAUAAGUUUAUUAUUGAACCUGCUCAGACAAAACAUUGGAUUUUUUUUUUUUUGUCUUUUUCAGAUUCUUCAUCCAAUUUUUGUUUAAUGAAAAAAAUAAAAUCUAUUUUUCAACUUUUAAUUUUAAAAUUUAGUCUCAUCAUUUUUACACAGAAGUAAAUAAUUCAUGUUUAUUAUCAUGCAUUUUUAUUUUCUGUAAUUAUUUUCUGGCCAGAUUCCAGCGACACUAUUUCCACCAUUUCAACCAACUUCAGUCUUCUUCUUCUUCUUCUUCUUCUUCUUCUUCUUCUUCUUUUUUAUUCAGUGGCUUGUAAAAGACGAGACGUGUCUGAAAGCUCAUCUGAGUCAUUUAAGUAUUUUAUACGAAGAGCUGAGCGAUUUAAAGGAGUUUUUGUGAAUAAACCUGAUGAUUGUGGGGCUGGUGGAGGGCGGUGUGUGUGUGCGCUCAUGGUCCACGUCCACUCUUUGGUUUGUGUUGCUAUGAAAACGUGGAAUAAACAUUUUAUGAUGGAG